AUGGCGCUGCAGGGCGGGGCGAAGGGCUUCGACAAGGUGCUGAAGAUGAUCGACGAUAUGGUGAGCCUGCUCGCGCACGAGCAGGAGGCGGAUGACGGCAAGAAGUCGUACUGCGAGAAGGAGUUGGAUACCGCGGAGGACGACAAGAAGGUGCUUGGCGUGAAGUUGAGUGAUCUGGACAAGACGAUCGAUGACAUGAAGGAGUCUGCCUCCACCCUGGCGCAGGAAAUCUCGGCGCUGCUGAAGGGAAUCAAAGAUCUGGACCAGGCCGUCAAGGAGGCGACCCUGAUCCGCGAGCAGGAAAACGCAGAGUACAAGAAGGUAAUGCAAAUGGACACGGCCGCCAAGGAGAUCCUCAAGAUGGCCAAAAACCGAUUGGCGAAGUUCUACGCGCCGAAGAUGUACAAGCCACCUGCGCGGGAAGAACGCAGCACCAUGGACCGCAUCUACGAGUCGGAGAUGAGCAUGACGCAGACGUCGGCGAACCCGGGGCCGCCGCCGGAGACUUGGGGAGCCUACCAGAAGAGGGACCAGGAGGGGGGUGGCGUGGUGGCGAUGAUGGACCUCCUCAUCACCGAUCUCGAUAAGGAGAUGGUCGCGGCAAAGACCGAGGAGAAGGACGCGCAGGAGGAGUACGAGGAGUACGUGGCGGGCGCCGCCGCCAAGCGCGCGACGGACACCAAGGCCACGACCGACAAGGAGGGUGAAAAGUCUGCGCUGGAGGCUUCUCUCACCCAUGCCAAGCAGGAGCACAAGGACACGGUGAAGGACAUGUACAUGAAGGAGACACUCAUCAAGGACUUGCACCUCGAGUGCGACUGGCUCCUGUCCAGCUUCGAGGUGCGCAAAGAGGCGCGCGCGGGCGAGGUCGACUCCCUGACCAAGGCGAAGGCGGUCCUGUCCGGCGCGGACUUCUCCUGA